AUGUUUUGUUCGCAUUGUGGGCAAGAGAAAGACAAAAAUGCAAAUUUUUGCAAGAGUUGUGGAGCAAGUGUGUCAGAGAAUAAAUCUUCGCCUUCGUCCUCAACUAGUCAGCAACCGCUAAGUUUUAAAGAGUACUUAGAGAAGAAGAGUGAAGCCGGUGGAAGCAGUUCCAGUGCAGGCAGUGUUGAUACGUCCGCAUUCAAAAAUAUUAAAAAAAGGAAGAAAAAUGAACGCUUAAGUCAGAUUAAACAGGAAAAGAAAGAUGAAAUCGUGAAGGUAUACAUUUUUACCAAUAUAUUAAAAUAUACCAAGUACAAUACAAUACAAUACAAUACAGCUCGAAAAACGAGGCUUAUUGGGCCUCUAGCCAUUAACUAUAGCUAGUACAAUCGAGUAAACAACAGUAAUAAGAUACCAACAAGUUAACAAAAGUUAAGUUAGGUUGUUUUAGUACCAACAAAUAAACAAUUAAUACUUAUUUACUGGGACCCAAGGGAAAUAUAUUAGCAGGCUGAGUUGGUUUAUAUAGCAAGGGCGGAUUUUCAUUUAUGUAAAAGGGGGGUUAGAAAAAUUUCUGGUGGGGUGCAAGCGGCACCACUCAUUGAGCUUCGGCAGGGGUUAGGCAUUUGGGUUAAAGCCUUUCACACAAAAUAGGAAGGAUGAAGCAAAAUUUUGGUGGGGUUGAACACUUUAUUACAGGGGUUAGAGAGAUUCUAGGGGGGGGGGGUUAACCCUCCCCCUAACCCUCCCCCCCCCAUGGUUUAUAGGGGGCCGAGUUGAGUUAAACUGUUUUGUGGACCUUCCACCAUCGAUAUUUCCCGAGGUAGCAAGGCAGAGUAUUUUUUGUUGAAAAGUUAAACAAAAGCACCAAAUUUUAUGAUGAAAAAUAAUAAUAAUAAUAUAUAAUAUUUAUACAAGAAGCCUAAUCAGUAGUAAAUACUGUUAUCAAUAAGGAUCCUGUAAAACAUACAAUGUAUUAGCAGUCUGUAGCUUAUUUGCAUGUUAGGGACCGUUCAUUAAUUAUAGAUGAGGGGAUUAUUAAUUAUAUUAAUUAUUAUAGAUUAAUUAUAGAUGAUUAUAAUUUUCAAAAAAUUUGAUGGACUUAAGGUGGCUCCCUACAAUUUUUGAAAUAUGACAAAAUCGUGAUUUAGAUUUAAUUUUUUGAAGAGAGGUUUCUUGUUAGAAGACAAAAAUUGUACCACAUAUAUUGAGCAAUCUUUUAAGAGUUGAAAAUUGUUCACAAAAAUGACGUCAUUACCGUUGCUAUGGUAACAAUGACGUUUCAAUAUGGCCAACAUUUUACCUCUUAAUACAUUUCACUCAAAAAAGGCCGGUUACCCCCAUUUUUUAUUUUGUGAAACGUUUUCGUUUAGAAAAAAUGAAUGAUGUGAACAAGUUUAAAAAAAUUCUGUAGAUCCAAAAAAUAUUUAUCACGAAAAAUCACGUUUUUUUAAUUUUUUAAAAAUUCUAAUCUACAGAAUUUUUAAAUUUUAAACGUGUUCACAUCAUUCAUUUUUCUAAAUGAAAACGUUUCACAAAAUAAAAAAUGGGGGUAACCAGCCUUUUUUUCGAGUAAAAUGUGUUAAAAGUUAAAAUGUCAGCUAUAUUGAAACGUCAUUGUUACCAUAGCAACGGUAAUGACGUCAUUUUUGUGAACAAUUUUCAACUCUUAAAAGAGUGCUCAAUAUAUGUGGUACAAUUUUUGUCUUCCAACAAGAAACCUCUCUUCAAAAAAUUAAAUCUAAAUCAUGAUUUUGUCAUAUUUCAAAAAUUGUAAGGAGCCACCUUAAACUGACAAUUUGCGUGAAUUUCAGGACAACAAAAGCGUUGCCAGUGCCUUUUUUAACUAUAUAUCUGGGGGGGGGGGCAAUUGCCCCCCCCAGGGAAAAAAUCCCCCCCCCCCAGUAAAGCCAUUUCUGCCCCCGAAGUGCGAAGCAGAAUUGCUCAUGAUUGCUGUCACAAUUGCAGUUGAUUUACUUGAUAAAGAGAUUAUGCCUUUCCAUAGCCUCCACAGCCAUCUUGUGUGUAAUUCAUAUUGUUCUUCACCAAAUAUUUCAUAAUAGCGAUAGAUUUCAUGCAAACAAUCCGAUAAAAUGCUAGCCUUUCCAAGCCUUGCGACUAUUUCCUAGCACUCUCCUCUGCAGAGGCGUUUUGUUUUGGGAGGUUUUAUUACAAUUUUUUUUUCUUAAAAAUAUCAAGUUAUAUUAAGAGCCCCCCCCCCAAUCGCAAAAAAAACACAUUCUCUCAGAAAGGUUAAAUCCGUAGAGAAAUGUGUGUGUGGGGGGGGGGGGGUACACGUUACAUGCUCGAAGCUGAAACUGAUUAAGUACGUCUCGACUGAGGAAAAAGACAAUAUAAUGGAGGAACUUGAUUUGUGAAAUCUCGUUAAAGCAGUUGUAGAUAUGGUUCCAAGAAGAAUAAAUUUAGUUUAGAUUUUUAACUGUUAAAUACAUGUAUGCAUCAUCAUAGCAUGAAUAUUUCUUCUCAGACUUAUUCUGUAUCGUAUGAAAAAGCAACGCAAUUUUGAGAAUGCGGAAAUGGUGUCUCAUAUAACCUAAAAUGAUUUAAAUGCAACAUUUCUGAUCAAAAUCCCAUUGGGAUCCCUCCCAGCAUCACAGAGAGGACAUAAGGUGACACUGACCCCUCCUCCUAUUUUUCAAGGUGACUUUUCCAAUUUAUUUAAUUCCGAGUAGAAAUGUCUGGAAAAAUUCAUGUCUUCGAUGUAUACUUUAUAAUCUUUGGAAUUCUGCUAGAUUUCACCCCCAAAAUGCAUGAAAUCGCAAUUCAGGGACCCUAGAUUUCAAAAUUUUCCGGACCUCCUAGACCGUCUCACGCCUUUGGCGUGAGGUUUGCCCCCCCCCCGCAAAAUUAGGGUUUGGCUACGCCACUGGUUAUAGCUGUACGAUUAUAGCUACAAAGAGUUGGAGUUAUUGUUUAAAGUAAAAUAUAGCUGAAGUUAAUAAAUUAAAGUUUUAUAAAAUCUCCUUCAGACUAUCGCGUUUGCCAAACAUCGACGGCUCAUAUUUUUCGUUCUGCCUUUUUUCCUGUUUUGCUCCCCCAGUGAAAAUUCCUUAAAAAUGGCACUGAGCGUUGCUGAGGCAGUUGCUAAGUGGCAAUUAAAGGAACGGGUUCCUUUUUCUUGAUAUUUAACCCCCUUCCACAACUCAUAGAAGGAAAAUAACGUGCUACAAUAGUAGAGCAGACAGCAUAGAUUUAAAAUUUAUCUAUUUUGAGAAAAUGAAUUUUUCCAAAAAUGAAGGUAGAAUACCACCUUAAUAAUCUUCACUUAUGAAACUCUAUAGGUCAUAGGAUAAAGGAACUUUAACAAUUUAUAUGAUAAUCAUUCUAAUGAAAUGUGGGCAUCAGCUGCGUGAAAAUUGUUCAACUAUUAAAGGAAUACCAAAUGGUUUUCCGUGCAGGACAGCGUGAUCCAUGCACGCGAGAUGUUGCGAAAAAUCAUGCAUAACAACGAAAUUUUAAGAAUUAGUCAGUACAAAACUUGGCUUUGUUCGUUAACUUGUCUGUCGUUUGAUUUAAUUAAUACACUGUUAACAUCACACGUUAAAAUGUUUUCAUUGUCCGACAUUUUGAGAUGCCCACGCGAAAGCGUUUUUGAAAGCAUUUUCGCGUGCAGGAUAGGCUGCUGCAAUAUUGCUCUCGAUGUUGUUGUGCAAUUGUAGUUAAUACACGAGUAUUGUAUUCUAGAUAAACAUUGGAAUAAUCGAAUUAGAUGGAAAAAGACUGAAAAUAAAAAGAUCAUCAUUGCUUCCCAUCGAUGUUCGAAAAUCUGAUACAUCAAUUUUAGUAAAAAAUGCUGGAGUCAAUAAGCAGCUUGCCCAUAACCAGCAGCUUCGAAAUCUUGAACAGACAGAAUGGCUUUUACUGUACCCAGAUAUGGACAUAGUAGACAAAAUACCUGGAAGCACUGAGAAAUUCACUGUGGAAAAAUAUAAAGAUGAACUUGGACGACCAUACAGUAGAGUCAAUCUAUACAUUUGCAACAUGCUUCAUUUUGAAGGUAAAGACCGACUGUGGAUCUAGAUAAUUACCUAAACAACAAUAUUUUCUACAGAGAAUUGUUAUUUCCUUCUUUCAAAUUUAGUUGCCAAUGAUUUGGUUGAUGACCCCGAUGCAGAAACUGUCGAUCCUGUACAAGUUGAUACUGUUGAAGAGUAUUCUAUGCAAGGCAAUCCUGGGAAAGCUAAUCCUGUUCAAGCUGAUCCUGAGGAAGAUUUUUCUGUCCAAGCUGAUCCUGAAGAAGCGUAUUCUGUUCAAGCUGAUCCUGAGGAAGCUUAUUCUGUUCAAGCUGAUCCUGAGGAAGCUGAUCCCUUUCAGGCUGAUCCGUUUCCAAUUGAGUCUGCCCAAAUUGAACCAGUUCAAAUGCAAGUUGAAGUUGUUCUAAGUGCAGGUAUAAUCAAGGGAUUAUUUGCAUAUUAUUUACAGACUUUCUGUUCUUUUAUUUGUAUUAUAAAGAGACAAUAAUUUUAAUCUCUUUAUAAAUAAUUAUUGUGUUUCAGAUGAAACAGACCUCCCAUUGGACCAAAUGGAACCAGAUGCAGAUGUUAUUGUACAAUCAGCCCAAGUGUCUUUGCUUGAAGAACAAUUCCAUGGGUUAGAUCUGGUUAUCCAUCGCACGACCUUAUUAAAAGAUAUGAUAACAGCAUUUUCAGAUCCAACCAUAUUGAAAGUUACAAUAUUUUUUAAAGUUGUUGAUGCACGUGGUGUUAUAGAGGAAGGUGAAGGAAGGGGUGUGGCACGUGAAGUUCUCACUGAAUUUUGGCACCUCUUCUAUCAAUCAUUAUCCGUUGGAGCAUCCGCCAAGGUCCCUACCAUCCGUCAUGAUUACCAAAGGCAAGAAUGGAAAGCUGUGGCCAGAAUUUUAUUGUACGGCUACUGCAAAGAAGGAGUGUAUCCCAUUGCGCUGUCUGCAGCAUUUGUUGCGUGCACUGUUCUAGGUGAAGAUCGUGUCUCCAGCGAAGUGCUAGUGAAAUCUUUCAUGGCUUACAUAGCGGAAGAUGAGAGAGAAGUAGUUGAUAACUGCUUGAAAAAUAGAUCACAAAUUGAUAAAAACGAAGAUCUGUUGGAGGUCUUGGGGAGCUACAAGUGCUAUCGCAUACCUAAGGAGGAAAACAUCGAAGACAUAUUAUGUCAAUUAGCCCACCAAGAGCUUAUCCAACGACCCCGGUAUGUUUCCAAUUGUUGGGCAACGAUAUUGCAAUCAUUGAAGAGUCGCCUUCCAUUUCAAGAUAUGGCAAGCAUUCUUCACUUUUACGAAGAAUUGAAACCCACUGCGAAAAAGGUUUUGAAAAUCCUAGAUGCUUCUCCGGAAAAUGAGGCGCAGCGAAAUGCUUUUGAUCACUUGGUACGCUAUAUCAAGUCUUUAGGAGGCAAUGUAAGCGCGUUUCUUCAGUUUACUACGGGUGCCGAUAUUAUCGUUGAAGGUCAGAAAUUGAAAGUGACAUUUACUGAGCUCAACGGACUACAACGACGACCUGUAGCACACACGUGCGGACCCUUGCUCGAGCUUCCUUGUACAUACCAAUACUACAAUGAGCUGGUCGAGGAGUUCUCAUCUAUCCUCAGAGAGAAGAGUGCAUGGUCAUUUGACAUUGUUUAA